GACGGGCAGGGCGGCAGCCGAGACGCCCGGCCGGGUUUGCACCGCAAGCAGCGGGAGGCGAUGGCCACCGGACCGCCGCCCCGAGUAACAUCAUCUGAACAAAGAGCUUUGCAGAUUAGAGCGCAAUGCAUGUGUCAGCCGAUGCUUCACGUUGACAGAAUUUAAAGGAAUGAGAUGCAGAUGACGAAGGCAGCAUGUGUGGGGAACGGCGCCGCAUCCUCAGGAAUCCAGGAAGAGGGUUACAAGGAAGUGUAGAAUCUUUGAGGGGAGCAGGAAAGUGAUGUAACUUUGGGGCCCUGCUGGCCGUGUUGUCCCCAGAGGGAAUACUCAGAAAGACGACUAGAAGAAUCCAGUCGAUCUACGCAGGUUCAGUUCCCAUUGGCACAUGCAAGCCAUCCUCAGUGACUCCGUGGAGAGCUCCGACGAUGAAUUUUUCGACGCACGAGAGGAAGUGGCAGAAGGGAAAAAUGCUAUUCUCCUAGAAAUGAGCCAGUGGAACUCCAAUGACCUGGUGGAGCAGAUCGAGACCAUUGGGAAGCUUGAAGAAAGUCAAGGCGAAGACCCUGCGUUUUGUUCAUCUGGCGUCCUGCAGGAGAAACAACGAGAACUGUAUAGGGCCUCUUUAAGGAAGCAGCGUUAUCCUGCUCAAGGCAGCAUUGAGAUUCACGAGGACAGUGAGGAAGGAGGUCAGCAACGGAGCUGUAAAACCCACGUCCUGAUUCUUGUUCUCCACGGGGGCAACAUCUUGGAUACAGGAGGAGGAGAGCCAAAUAGCAAGACAGGAGAUAUCAACACCUUCACGUCGGUCUUUGAGAAGGUGACGCGAGCCCACUUCCCUGCGGCCCUUGGUCACAUCUUAAUCAGGCUUGUCCCGUGCCCAGCUGUCUGCUCAGAGGCCUUCUCUCUCGUGGCCAACCUAAAUCCCUACAGUUAUGAUGAGACAUCGUUAAGCAGCAGCGAAGACCACAUCCCUCUAGCGGCCUUGCCGUUGCUGGCCAUCUCCUCCCCACAGUACCAGGAUGCGGUUGCUAUGGUGAUCAACAGAGCUAACCAGGUUUACAAUGAAUUUCUCAGAUCUCCUGACGGGACUGGCUUUAAUGGGCAGGUAUGCCUCAUUGGGGACUGCGUGGGAGGCAUCCUGGGCUUUGAUGCCAUCUGUUACAGCACAGGGCUGGCCGACGAAAGCCAAGCCAGCAGCAGAAGGGGCAGCUCGAGCAGCGUCCAGGAUAACCCUCUCACUGCCGAAGACUCAAAUCUGGGAGAUCUCAAACGCCUCAGCAAGAGCAACAUUGACAUCUCCGCACUGAUGGAGGAAGAGGAGCCCAGGCAGCCGUUGCUGCGGAAACCGAGCGACUGCUCCAGCUACGACUGCGAUUCCAUCACGCAGCAUCACGCCCUCCUGUCCAGUAUUCAUUCAACGAUGCUGCAGGAGGACGCAGACUUUCCCGCCGCGAGCACCUCCAGCGCAUCAGACGUCAACCUCGGGCGUUUUGAGUUCGAAGUCUCCGAUUUCUUCCUCUUUGGCUCACCCCUCGGUUUGGUGCUGGCUAUGAGGAGGACGGUGCUUCCGAGCCAGGAAGUCUCUCAGGUACAGCCGGCUUGCAGCCAGGUCUACAACCUCUUCCACUCUGCCGACCCAUCUGCCUCCAGGCUGGAGCCAUUCUUGGAGGUGAAAUUCCAUCUCCUGCCUCCAUUCAGCGUACCGAAGUACCAGAGAUACCCUUUGGGAGAUGGGAGCUCUCACCUCUUAGCCGACAUCAUCCACAGCCACAGCGCCCUCUUUGCUGAAAACGGCUCUGCAAACUUCCCUUCUUUGGCAGACGCAGCAGGAUUCCAAAACGCCUCUCAAGGGAAGAAGGCAAGAAGGUCAAGCGAGGAAAGCAGCAACAGCGAAAGCUCGGGGUCGACGGAGAGCUUGAUGCCUGCCAGCGUAACCAACAUUACCUCCAAGUGGUGGGGGACCAAGCGGAUAGACUAUGCCUUGUACUGCCCAGAUGUGCUAACCGCCUUUCCCACAGUGGCUCUUCCCCACCUUUUCCAUGCCAGCUACUGGGAAUCAACUGAUGUGGUUGCUUUCAUUCUGAGACAGGUGAUGAGAUUUGAAACCAUCAGUGUCAAGGAGAGCAACAGCUUGGAUCCUGCGGCACUCAGUCCAUCAAACCCGCGGGAGAAAUGGCUGCGCAAGAGGACGCAUGUCAAAUUGAGGAAUGUAACUUCAAAUCACAGAUCAAACGAUGUCAUCACAUCAGAAGGCAACUCUCAGAUUCUGGUUGGCCGGUUCAUGUAUGGCCCCCUCGACAUGGUCGCCCUGACAGGAGAAAAGGUCGACAUCUUCAUCAUGACGGAGCCCUCCUCCGGGCGGUGGGUCUACUUUGACACGGAGAUCACAAACAACAGCGGCCGAAUCUCUUACAACGUUCCCAAAGAGAAGCGACUCGGGGUCGGGGUGUAUCCCAUCAAAAUGGUGGUCAGGGGCGACCAGAGCACUGCCGUCAGCUACCUGACCGUUCUCCCUCGAGGAAUGGAGUGUGUGGUCUUCAGCAUCGAUGGCUCCUUUGCCGCUAGCGUCUCCAUCAUGGGCAGUGACCCCAAAGUCCGAGCCGGGGCUGUCGAUGUUGUCAGACACUGGCAAGAUCUCGGGUACCUGAUCAUCUACAUCACAGGCCGCCCUGAUAUGCAGAAGCAGCGGGUCGUCUCGUGGCUCUCUCAGCACAACUUCCCCCAAGGGAUGAUCUUCUUCUCCGAUGGGCUUGUCCACGACCCUUUACGGCAGAAGACCAUUUUCCUCCGGAACUUAGUGCAAGAGAGCCACAUCAAGAUUUGUGCUGCUUAUGGCUCCAUGAAGGAUAUCUCCGUGUACAAUGUCCUGGGCCUCUCCCCCACUCAGAUCUACAUCGUCGGUCGGCCAGCAAAGAAGUACCAAAUGCAGUGCCAGUUCCUCAGCGAAGGCUACGCAUCCCACCUGGCCUCUCUGGAGUUCAGCCUUCACUCCCGACCCAAGAAAAACAACUCGCGUAUGAUUCUGAGGAAGGGCAGCUUUGGUCUGCACUCCCAACCCGACUUCCUGCGUAAAAGGAACCACCUCCGAAGGACUAUGUCUGUCCAGCAGCCCGACCCACCAUCCUUGACCCCCAAACCCGAGCGUGCCCAAAGCCAACCCGAGUCUGAUAAGGACCAUGACCGGCAUUUGCCUCCCAUUGGGUGGGUGAGAGGCGGGAUUCAUAAGUUCGAGUCUGCUCCAUAGCGACUGUCCAGGGUGGGGCCGCGGCUCGGGCAUUCCGUGAUCAGCUUGUGGGCGUGCCUCCUCGAGGCUUUUUGAGCACCUUCCGGGUCAAAGGUGAAAGGAGCCAGAGUCCUUGGAGGCUCCGGGUUUUGCCUUCCACAUCCCCCCCAAGGGGAGCUUCCUGUUUGUCCUCUCGUCUGUGUCCGACCGGGAAACGUUAAGAGCAGAGGAGAUCCAUCGCCUCCAGAGGUUGCAGCGCCGGAUGGGCAAAGGAGCUUGUCUUUCAGUGUUUACUUUGUUUCAAAAAUGUGCAGUGACGGGGGGAAAGCUCCAGCUUUAUCCAAGGAGAGAGGGUGCCUGAGGGACAGCGACACCGCUAGUAUCUAAAACCUAUUUCUCAACCUAAAAAAGGGGCAAGGCUCGUGGCGUACCAGUGCUGUGUCAACAGCUUUUGGGGAAGGUAACUUCCAACAGGUGGUCCUGGACUGAAGCUGAGUGAGCUAGCUGUGUCAAUGAGAAUCUCUUGGGUUCCUUACACCCAGGGUCCGUGUCUUUCAACCUCGCAGGCGACUCGAGGCCAGAAAAUCGGUCGAUCUGUACAUUUUGCCAGAAACACGCGGGUCGAUGCGAAAAUGAAGCUGCAAGCAAGGUGCAGUUUUGGCCUCUGAAUUUGGCCUCCUCAGGAAGCGUGGCAGAAGGAAGAGAGGCUCUCAGAAAAGUGGGCCUGCAGGCUGAAGAUCCUUUGGAGCAGUUUCAGAGGGGUGGAAACAGACUCCUGCCACGCCCCUGGAUUGUUUAUGCUCUUGCUUUUCGGAUACGUGGAAAUAAAAAGCGUUUUGGAGCAAUGUGUUUAAAAAACCAAAUAGUGUUAGAGGUCCGUGCGCAGCUCUUCCUCCCGCCAGCUCGCACCCCUGCCGAGAGCUCAGAAGGCACAUUCCAGUGUCGCUUCACAUGGUGGCGUGUCACGUGUGUCCGAGUGGUGUCUUGUGGCGCUUGUUUGACUGUGCAGGUGUUCCUCAUGCUUCAAGCCAAGAAGUUGGUGUGUCUCUUUUUCAGUAUUAAAUGUGGGUCUUGA